CCCAUUUCCACAACCCUCAACUCCGACGGCGCCCUCCCACAGUCUAGACCCCCUCACAUCAUCCACACACACAAUACCCUCCACAACCCCCUAUCCCAAAACCCCCUAUAACAACCCUCUCACCCUCACCCUUCCAUCAUCCAUCGCACCGAAAAACAAUAACUCCCUCCUUCGCAAAUCCCACACCUCACUAUCAAAACCACAAUAUCCCCAAAAGUGGGCCUAAUAAAACACAUCGUCCUCUUCAAGUUCAAGCCUACCGCUAGCCCAGAAGCAGUGCAGGAUAUAGUAACAAACAUGCUCGCCCUCCAACACACCUGCAAAGACCCCGCGGGCGCAGGCAACAAGCCGUACAUCACCGAGAUGCACGGCGGGCGGGACAAUUCGCAGGAGGGGGCUGCUGCCGGCAUGACACACGCCUUCAUCGUCGGGUUCGAGAGCCUGGCAGACCGGGACUACUACGUGAAUGCGGACCCGGUGCAUGCGGCGUUCAAGGCGCGGGCCGGGGAGGUGGUGGAGCGGGUGCUUGUUGUUGACUAUACGGUUGGGGAGUUUUGAG